AUGGCGGGGUUCAAGUACUAUCACUACGAUCCCUCGUUUGGGGCUGCGGCCUUCUUUGCCGCUCUGUUCAUAGUCGCAACAGUCCGCCACACCCAGCUUCUGUUCAGGAACAGAGCAUGGUAUUUCAUACCCUUCAUGCUUGGCUGUCUAUUCGAGGCGGGUGGCUAUAUUGCGCGAGCCAUGUCGGCCCGGCAGACGCCGGACUGGAAGCUGAUGCCCUACAUCAUCCAGAGUCUUCUAACCCUCCUUGGACCAACUCUAUUCGCCGCUUCGAUAUACAUGGUGCUCGGGCGGAUGAUAAGCUUUCUGCACGGCGACUCGUACUCCGUGAUUCGACCGAAAUGGCUCACCAAAUUCUUCCUGCUGGGAGACAUUCUGUCGUUCCUCGGGCAAGGUGGAGUGAAUCGACUGACUGAGUUGGCCAUUGCAGGUGGAGGAAUUCUGGCUACGGCCAAAUCAGAAUCGUCUCAGAGCAUGGGAAACGGCGUGAUCCUGCUCGGACUGGGCAUCCAAAUCGUCUUCUUUGCCUUUUUCAUGAUCGUCACGAUGGUGUUCCAUGUCCGCAUCUACAGGAAGCCGACGACGGUGUCGCUCUCAACGGCGGCACGCUGGCGGCGGCUUCUAUGGGUCCUUUACGUCACGAGUCUGCUCAUCAUGGUCCGCUCCAUCUUCCGUCUGGCCGAGUACGCACAGGGUAACGACGGCGCGCUGAUGCAGAAGGAGGCCUACGUAUACGUCCUCGACGCCCUUCUCAUGUUCAUCGUCACCGUAAUCUACUCAUUCUACCACCCUAGCGCUGUUCUCACGGAGAACUCCACGCGUGCUGCUGACAUGGAGUCUCAUGGGGCCGGAGACAGCUACCCCAUGGUCAAAGACAACUUGUUUCAGAGGAUCUAG